ACGCAAGUAAUAAACUACCACAAAUUCAAUUCAUGAACUUGGAUGUGAGUACAAUAGACACGUACGUCAAUAUCCGAUAUGAGACUAAGAUAUCUGGACCCAUUGGUAUAAGAUGCUGUUCUUCGAUCACCCAUAGAGCCAUCUUUGGAGAAAAACGCGCGGUACCCGGGGAUGAUCUUAAAGUCAGCUGCUACGAUGUGCUGUGCGGUGCUAAUGAGUGCCAUAGCACAAUGGAUACAGAAAUGUCAAGCACCGAAAAGAAUUGGAAAGGUGAUAAUGAAUACAGUACUUUCUAUGCAUUUGUGCCUCAUCUCAAAGACGGCAAGCUGGAAGUGAAAUUUAUUUAUUUGUUAAAAAACAAUCACAUUAAUGCCCGCUCUAGAAAUGUGACUGAGGAUAAAGAACUUUAUUAUUCUGAGGGUGUUGGCACAAGGCAUAUGUAUAUGCUCUUGUUCACACAUCCCAACCUGCAUAAGGAUACCCCAACUGUGAGUGCGGACAACAAACUCAUCUUUCCUGGAGAUUUUAAGCUGCGCGGAAUGUCGUGGAUACUCUUCGAUCAUAACCACUUGACAUUCAUGGACACAGAAUGCGAAGGCAAUACCCGAACCUGCCCGCCAACUGAGGAAGACACUCCAAAAGACUCUUACAAAAUAAACAUAACGUACACGGAGACGUCGUAUGAGACACCAACUGAAUCCACCACAAACCCGGUGACUUCAUGUCUACAGAAGAAACCCCCGCCACCCCCGCCACCCCCACCUCCACCAAACAAGUCCUCCAAGACUCUAGCAGACGUCAACAGUGUUGUCUCUGUUUAG